AUGUCACCCUCUGAUUUCCUGGACAAGCUUAUGGGACGAACAUCAGGGUAUGAUGCCCGGAUUCGACCCAACUUCAAAGGUCCACCCGUCAACGUGACGUGCAAUAUCUUCAUCAACAGCUUUGGCUCUGUCACCGAGACCACCAUGGACUACCGGGUGAAUGUCUUCCUGCGGCAGCAGUGGAAUGAUCCCCGCCUGGCUUACCGUGAGUACCCUGACGACUCCCUUGAUCUCGAUCCCUCCAUGCUCGACUCCAUCUGGAAGCCAGACUUGUUCUUCGCCAAUGAGAAAGGGGCCAAUUUUCACGAGGUCACCACAGACAACAAGCUGCUGCGCAUCUUCAAGAAUGGCAAUGUGCUCUACAGCAUUAGGCUGACACUGAUCCUGUCCUGCCCCAUGGACCUCAAGAAUUUCCCCAUGGACAUCCAGACAUGCACCAUGCAGCUGGAGAGCUUUGGCUACACCAUGAACGACCUCAUCUUUGAGUGGCUGGAGGAGCAGGAGGCUGUACAGGUGGCAGAGGGCUUGACACUCCCACAGUUCAUCCUCAGGGAUGAAAAGGACCUGGGCUAUUGCACCAAGUACUACAACACAGGCAAGUUCACCUGCAUCGAGGUGAAGUUCCACCUGGAGAGGCAGAUGGGUUACUACCUGAUCCAGAUGUACAUCCCAAGCCUGCUCAUUGUCAUCCUCUCCUGGGUCUCCUUCUGGAUCAAUAUGGAUGCGGCACCAGCCCGAGUGGGCUUGGGCAUCACCACUGUGCUCACCAUGACCACACAGAGUGCUGGCUCCCGUGCCUCCCUGCCCAAGGUCUCCUAUGUGAAGGCCAUUGACAUCUGGAUGGCUGUGUGCCUGCUCUUUGUCUUUGCCGCCUUGUUGGAGUAUGCAGCCGUCAACUUUGUCUCCCGCCAGCACAAGGAGUUCAUGCGCCUGCGCCGGCGCCAGCGGCGGCAGAGGAUGGAGGAAGAGCUCAUCCGCGAGAGCCGUUUCUACUUCCCCUCCCCGGCUGGCAUGCUGCUGCGGGAAGGGGAGAGCCUCCGCAGGCGCUACAUCGACCGGGCCAAGCGCAUCGACACCAUCUCCCGAGCUGUCUUCCCCUUCACCUUCCUGGUCUUCAAUAUCUUCUACUGGGUUGUCUACAAAGUGCUGCGCUCGGAGGACAUCCACUCGGUGCCCUGA